GACAAGUCAGCGAACAGUAUCUUGGCGACUGCUUUUCGGCGUGGUGAUAAAGUUCUUUCCAUAAAUAUUCUUUCAGUUUAAACAGCCUUUCUAAAGGAACCACAAGCUGGAAGUGGAGCAUCAUGACAUUACUGCAUAAACUUCUCGUCUUGUCCUGGCUUGUUGGGUCAGUAGCUGUAGUGGGUCAGACACCGACAGAUGCCUCCAGCAUAGACCCUCCCAGUGGGACGCCUAGUUCUAGCCCCACAGUGACCUCCUUAGUGACCUUCACAGCUGACAGCAGCAUAGCGCCCUCAGAGACGGGAGGCCCAAUCCUGAGUACUACCUUCACUUCUUCACCCUCUGUGGACUCCCCACCCACAGCUGUGAACUCAUCUCCUACCACAGGUGACCCUUCGGCCACCACCAUGGAGCCCACCACAGGGUCCACACAGACUUCUACAGCCGAUGUUGCCACCACUGACGCCAUGGUCACCAGCACCAUGACAACAUCGUCAGAGACCAUCAGCGAGUCCACCGGGACUCCCAGUCCCACCUCCUCAGAGACGAACAUAGCAUCUAGUGUCACGACCAUGGCCACUCCCACUGAGGAAAAUACUGCAUCCACACAGCAAAUUAGCACAACCUGGGCCGACAGUACUUCCUCCUCCAGUUCUACAGAGGCACCCGUUUUGGGCGGGGAACCAACUACUGACACAGCCUCAACCAGCACUCCUGACACCACUGUAACGGAAGACCACACAAGUCAAGUGUCAAGUAAUCCCAACUCCACUGAAUCGGAGCAAUAUACAUCGGCCUCACCUCCCACUGAAAACAGUGAGUCUAUCACUACUAGUAACUCCUCAUCAACUACUGAAUCCACCUCUGUAACUAGUUCUGUAUUUCCUCAUGAGAACAGCCCAACAUCCAUUACAGCUAGCUCUGAAACCAGCUCAGUGCCCCUAUCGACAUCUGAAUCUGAAAUCACAUCCAGCAUAGCAUCUACCCCUUUGACUAAUCUGACACCCACUUUGGACGGCAACCAUACCACUAUCCCAACAACCAACUUCACAACUGACUUGACUGAAUCAAGCCCUGUAACUAACCCAGUCGUCUCAACCAUGUUUACCUCUUUGUUCCCAUCAUCUCCCUCUGCCAACGUCACUUCAGAGACACACAGUUCAGAAUCUACUACACCAUACAUGCCCACCACCAACACCACUGACAACAGUAGCAUCAUAGUAACAACCAGUCCAACAUCCACUGUUGAGAGCACUUCCAGAAUAAGCACAGUAUCCACCCCUUUGACUGACAGCAGCUCUAGCACUACCCCAACAUCCAGCUUCACAACUGACUUGACUGAAUCAAGCCCUGUAACUAACACAUCUACCUCUCUGACUAAUCCAACACCAACCUCAGGAAGCAUUUCAACAUCCAACUCCUCAACCACUCCCACAUCCUCCAUAGAGAUUAGCACACCUUUGAGAUCCACCAGCAACCCAGUAGCCUCAACCAUGUUUACCUCUUUGUUCCCAUCAUCUCCCCCUGCCAACGUCACUUCAGAGACACACAGUUCAGAAUCUACUACACCAUACAUGCCCACCACCAACACCACUGACAACAACAGUAGCAUCAUAGUAACAACCAGUCCAACAUCCACUGUUGAGAGCACUUCCAGAAUAAGCACAGUAUCCACCCCUUUGACUGACAGCAGCUCUAGCACUACCCCAACAUCCAGCUUCACAACUGACUUGACUGAAUCAAGCCCUGUAACUAACACAUCUACCUCUCUGACUAAUCCAACACCAACCUCAGGAAGCAUUUCAACAUCCAACUCCUCAACCACUCCCACAUCCUCCAUAGAGAUUAGCACACCUUUGAGCUCCACCAUCAACCCAGUAGCCACAAGCCCCGUCACUUCAGAGACACAGAAUUCAGAAUCCACUACACUAACCAUGCCCACCACCAACACAGGCUUCACUUACACCACUAACAGUAGCAUUAUAGCAACUACUAGCGCCAAUACGGCCACUAAUACCAUUACCUCUGGUCCAACCACUACCCCAAAUGUCGGGACUACUUCCGAAAAUAUUAAUAACACUGACCUAACCACCGUUGUUACUUCCACUGAGCUGACCACCUCCAGCUCUCUCGCCUCCAUCAGCACGGCCACCACCUCUAACCCCUCACAAACGCCAACAACGGCGACAACGUCAGCAGCCACUAGUGAAACCACUGAACAAUCAGAGAGCACAAUGGCGGAAGUACCAACUACAGUGGUCAGCACCACUGCCAGCUCGGCAUCCACCACCACAUCACAGGUUGAGACUAGCACAGAGAUGUCUAGUCCUGGCACCACCAUAUUCCCGCCAACUGCAGAGACCUCCACCAUGACCACAGCUGAAUCAAUGCCCAGUACAACCACAGUUAUGUCUACUCAGAGCACAACCAUGCUGUCUGAAGGUACACCGAGUGCAACAACCGCUGUCCAGUCAACAGAAACCGCUAACACGGUGGUCGAAUCAACAGCAACCAUGACAACAGCUGUCCAGUCUACUACAAACAUAGUGACCCAGUCAACAAUGAAUGCGACCACACCAGAGACUAGUACAAUUGUGUCCACAUCUACAGCAAAUAUAAUAGACCCCUGUACCUUAUGCCCACGAGGAAGCAUGUGUGUGAACUCCACAUGCCAGUGUCUGCCUGGUACCUACCUGCAGCCUGGCAACCCUCCAGCCUGUGAUGAUGCCCGCGUUUUCCCUGGAAGUCUACGAUUAAACUCAACUUUCUUGCCAGAGAUGGCUGACCAAUCCAGUCAGAUUUUCAAGAACACUGCUAACGAAAUCAUACAUGCAUUGAACACGGUCUUAAAGGACCAGCCAGGCUAUAUUAACUCCACGGUGAUACGUCUCAGCCAGGGCAGUGUGAUUGCCACGGUAGAGAACAUAUUUCUGACAACCUCAGUGGCCACAGAGAACUCCACGACAGACACCAUACACCAAGCUAUUAAGAACUGCACAGCAGACUGUACAAGUAUCCUCUCACUGGCUACAGGAUAUGAUCGUACUGAUUUGUGUGAUUUGUCCCCUGGGCCGUGCGAGGCUGAGACCACCGAGUGUAGUUCCCGGGACGGCAGACCUGUCUGCACCUGCCAGAGCAGCUUUGUCAGCAAUCCCUACAGCCCCAACAAAUGCGUAGCUUGUCCCAGUGGCCAGCGAGCAGAGGGAGACAGAUGUGUGCCGUGCCCCCCUCUAUACACCGGCUUCAACUGUAAUGACUCUUCUCCGUUGGCAGUAGUGGUCAUCUCAUGUGUGCUCGGGGGCAUUCUGCUCCUCCUGGUUCUCGCUCUCAUCAUCUACUUCUGCGUCACACGCAGGAGAAAUGAGAAGCCGAAUGACUUUAACAGCCCGUACACCCCAGACGACUUCCGCAGCUCGUGGCCCACGCAGGGCGUUACGCCAAUCCCACGCGCCACCGCCAACCCCAACUUAGAGACAAGCCUGGAGAUGACCGAGGCAGGCAGCACCCACUCCCUCGUCUCCAAGAGGGGCAACACCAACGGCAUGAAGAUGGGCCGGAAGACGGGAUCGUAUGACGUCACCACUAAUGAAAACCUGGGGACCUUCAAGGGCAAGGCUCCCUCCCGUUACUCCUAUCUGGUCCAGGGUCAUGAGAACCCCUACUUCAUCCCGGGGGAUGAGAACAGGACCACAUGAGGGCAGAGGACGGCGAGUGCUGACCGCAGGAGGAAGGAUAGAAUAGGAUGGAGGGUGAACGAUGGGAGAGGAGAGAAACUACAAUAACAAAAGCCAUGGAUCAAAUGUUUGACCAAGACAUCAUCCUAAACAAUUAUAUUUAUACAAUGUGUGUGCAUGUGUGUGUGUGUGUGUGUGUGUCUCUCCAUAAUAGGUAAAAACAAACAAGGAGACAUCCAACCAGACACCAUUUUUCAUUCUGUCCUCUCCCUUUCACUGAAGCCUUGUCCAUAUGUUACAAACAGACUUUAUGGCAUCCAGGGACUGAAACAAAAUCAGAUUUAGCUUUGCAUCUUAAUACUCAGCUGAUGCAAGACUUAGCCAUUAUGUUUCGUCACCUCUAAGUCUUGCUGAAAUUAUGUUGUUUUUAUUUCUUGACAAAUGGAUCAAUCAUGUUGCACAUCCAAUCACAAAUAACAACAAAACAUACUUUUAUUUAUGUCCAUAUGCUAUGGGGUGAUAGCAGGUCUAUGUGUACUUUUGCAAGUUUUCUUUUCUUUUGACCAGCAGGGGGUGCCAGUAUUCUACAUCAUGUAUUUAUUGCGAUUUAUUUGAUUGCUCGCCAGAUUAAUUUCAACACCAUGACCAAACCACGGCACCGCUCAUUCAGGUGUUAAUAUUUCUGUGCAUACAGAUGGUGUAGCAUUCCAGUAGUUCAGUGCAAAUAUAUUGCAUUUCAAGCUUAAACGUGCUACGUUUACCACUUGCAAAAAUGCAUGGUCAAUUUAUUUAUGUGUGUCUGUCUGAAAAUGUGUGUGUGUGUGUGUGUUAUUUUGGGAGAGACUGAUUACAUGCUCUUUGAUGUAAGAUUGUCUGGAAAGGGCUGGACCCCAAAGCAAGAGUUUGUUCAAAUGUUUCUUUCCAAAGGGACUUCUUGUUCUCAUUGUUGUUGAAGAAGUGGCUGUUAUUGGACUCAGUUCAAGGUCAGCUUGCUGAUGUCAGUGCCUGUUUUAAUGGUCUUUUCUAAAGAUUGAGAAUAUUGAAAGGAGAAUGCAAAAAGCAGAAGGAAAUUAAGUGACUUUUUGUCAGAGUAUGUCUUCAGGAUGUGCCAACACUCAUGAAUAUUUAAAUAUGUGUCUCAAUGAAUAAGAAAUAUGCCCAACAUUUUAAUGUAUUAUAUGUCUUAAUUUAAUAUGCCAUGUGUAUAUGUUGGUUGGAGACAAUGCACUAUUUUCUAAAUGUAUAUAUGACUUUUAUAAAUGAGGAUUGUCUUUUUGGAUAUGAAUGGUGUACGUAUGACAAAAGGAAAAUAAAUUAAUUUAAACAA